AUGUUGGACAGCACCGCCCGAUUUCGACCGCAGAUGAUGGAGUUGGGUCAGGUUUUGAACGAAUGGGGUGUGCAAAAGGUUUUAACGGCCACAUUACCGCCCGGCGAGGUAGAGAGGUUUUGCGAGGUCGUCAAGUUGCCGGCAAGCCGUGUGAAGAUAUUCCGAUCGCCAACAUCGCGGCCGAAUAUUCGGUAUAGGGUAGUCGAAGCGCAGGCGACACCGCCACAGCCGAAACGACGUCAACAGCAGGGGAGGGGGUAUAAAAAUCAGGAAGUCGGGCCGGAAGAGGAUGCAGAAGACAGGCAGGUUGUCAAGACGGUACGAGAUUGGUUAUAUCAACACAGUAACGGCCGAGUUAUCGUAUAUGCAAGCGCGAUCGAACGGGUUGAGCGGUUGGGGAAAGGUUGGAGUGCGAUGUAUAUCAUUCAAAAGUAG